AUGCCAGUUCUGUUAAGAAAUAAUUUGAAUCUUGGUGGAAGUAAUAGUCAGUCACGUUUUGAUUCGCAUCGAAAACUGUCACCCGAUGCUAAUUCGAAUCAUGUUGAUGUUAACCCAACCUUACCGAAGCUUAGCAGUAGACGUACAAUUUCAAUUGUCAGUUUUGCUCAUUCACCCGAAAAAUCCAAAUCUAAAACUCGUAUUCAAAGAUUGCAGUUGUUAUAUAAAAAGCUUAAAUUGCAUCUUCUUGUACCAUUAUUAUUUAUUAUUUUAUAUAUGUUCAUAGGAUCAUUUUUAUUUUUAUGGUUUGAAGCGAGUGAUGAACUCAAAAGAAAAACUCAUAAAUAUGAUUUAUUUGUGCGCGAAAGAGAAUUAUUUUUGAAACGUAUGGAAGAAAUUUAUUUGGACCAAGCAGCUGCUGAAAUAAAUUUACGAAAACUUUUUACUGCUCAAGCAAUUGACUAUUUUCAUGAACAAAUCGCAGUUUCAUUCUCGAAUGAAACUGAAUGGUCAUUAGCUACAGCGCUUUAUUAUUCUGGCACAGUUUUCACUACUAUAGGAUAUGGAGACGUUGCGUGUAAUACGGUGGGUGGCCGAAUUGUGACCGUGGUCUAUGCAAUUAUUGGUAUCCCUCUAAUGUUGAUCACUUUGAAUGAUUUGGGCAAAUUUUUCUAUGCGGCGAUUAAUUGUGCUGUAAAAAUUGUCGGUGAAAAAAAUUCGAGUUUGACGAAAUUUUUGAGCAAAGGCACGGAUAAACCAAUCGAUGUCGAAGUUGGUGAAAAUAAUACUGUGGCUGAAAAUAAUGAACUUAAAUUUCAACUCAGCACCGAUGACACAACGAUCACGUUGGAUGAAAAACAAGUGGCACCUGGUCCACCACCAAGGAUGCCCGUCACCGUGGCUAUUGGAACAACUGUCGGCUGGAUCUUUUUUUGUGCAGCACUUUUCAAAAUUUGGGAAAAUGACUGGACUUAUGCCGAAAGUUGCUACUUUAUGUUCAUCAGUUUAUCGACAAUUGGACUCGGAGACGUUGCAGUUAAGCGAAGGGAUUUGAUGGUAAUUUGUUUCGUAUUUGUUAUAAUUGGUCUUUCACUGGUCAGUAUGUGCAUAAAUGUUAUUCAAGCAGCGCUUGAAGAUUUCUACAUUCGAAUACUUAUGAAAAUUUUACUUGACUAUCAACGAAAAUUAGCUGAAGGCGAUAACAGGAUGGGUGCAUCAGUUGGAAUGAUGCAGUCGUGGAGCAAUAAUCGCGCCGCGAAAUAUCUUAUGCCUCUUCUUAGUAAAGAUAGGCGAAUGCUGGCAAUGGCGAAAGUUCAGGAAGAUGCAGAAGCGAAUGGGUUAGAAGUUCCAUUAAUAUUUUCCGAUAUUGAUGAAAAAUCUGGUCUACCAAAAAUAUUUGCACCUUCUCCUGAUAUCAAGGAAACAGUUAUGGAGGACUUAUUGCGUGAAAUAAGCGUGAAAGCACAAUCACUUGAAUCAAGUUCUCAGCGUGCACCCAUUCUUUAUGAUGGUACUACUCAAACCGAUACUACUAUUUGGUUAAUUAACUUUCUUAUAGAAAACGGAAUACAAACCGAUUUAGCUGAGUGUUUAAAUGAAUCAGUGCAAACAUUCCCGACACAACCCGAGGUCACUGAAGACGAAAGUCAAACAGAUGUAAGUUCUCCCCAGGAUACAAGGGCAGAUUCGUUUAAAUCAAUUCUUAAAUUUUUAUAUCGAGGAACAUUUGUCUGCUUAUCUGCUAAAGUUAGUAGACUAUUUAUCGCAGUAAUGGUACAGCGCCGUUCCGCUGAUCCGUCGGUACAAGUGUGGGAUAAAAUUGAUGAAUUAGAAGAUACAAAUGAAGAAGAUGAAGAAUCAAGUGAACGUCUCGACUGGAAUCCCGUUGAUGGAAUGCAUGCCGAAAAACAAAAACCAGUUCGAGCUCUAGCUAAAAUGUUUGAGAUUCGAUCGCAAAACUCUUUGCGCUCUGAAUCUCUCGCGCAAUAUCGCUUGAAAAGAAACAAAAGUUUAUCAAAAGAAAAAUCAAAAUCACCGAGACCUGGAAAAGAAAAACAGUAA